UUCAGAACCACCUCGUUUCGUUGCUUGCGCUCAGAACGUUCAACGGCAAGGCUUCUACAAUCAGUACACUCUGGCCCUUCUACCGGCAUGCCACUUGAAAUUCUAUUCCUUGGGGCUGGGGCUAUCGGAGCAUUCUACGCCUCCAGAGUCGCCCUCAGUCCGGACACGAAUGUAUCCGUCAUAUGUCGGUCCAACUAUUCUGCUGUAGCAAACAACGGUUUCAAGAUCACUUCUCCUCAGUAUGGCGACUAUAACUGGAGACCAACCCGAACAUUCAACUCAAUUCAAGCCGCCCAUGAAAGCAAAGUCAAAUGGGACUAUGUCGCGGUCUGUACGAAAGCACUCCCCAACAUCUCUGACGACUCCAGACUUGUCGAACCGGUCAUCACGCCGAACACAGCUAUUGUACUUAUCCAGAAUGGUCUGGGAGUUGAACAGCCUUACGUAAAGAGAUUUCCGCAAUCUACUAUACUGAGUGCCGUCACAAUCGCCUCCUGUGCACAAGUAUCAGAUGGCCACGUCAAACAUAAUCGUUGGACUCGGAUCAACGUGGGUCCAUACUUCUCGGAGCCAUCUCCGUCGCCAAAUGUGAAGGACAGAGCCACCGCGCAGAACCAAACUUUCGUCAAUCUCCUCAUCAAGGGUGGAAUCAAAGACGCUAUCACUGACACCCACGAAAAACUGCAACUCGUCCGGUGGCACAAGAUCGCCAUCAACGCCUCGAUGAACCCUUCUGCUGUAUUAUCAGGUGGUAGCACCAACGAAGAGAUGGCAAGCGACUCCGAGCUCUACACCCACCUGAAAGGUGUAAUGGACGAAGUCCUCUCCACAGCACCCAAGGUUGUGGGUAAGCCGUUCCCGCCGUCGUUUGCCUCCUCAGAAGCGAUCCUUCGUUCGACUCAAAGGAACAAAAGCGGGAGUAAGCCAAGCAUGCUGAUUGAUUGGGAGAGCGGCAAGCCAAUGGAGUUGGAAGUCAUUCUCGGCAAUCCCAUCAGGCUGGCGCGAGAAAAGGGGUUUGAAAUGCCACGGAUGCAGACUAUAUAUGCUCUGCUCCGGAUGAUGGAAAAGAACAGGGAGCUCAAGAAGCAGAAGGGGCAGACUAAACUAUGAUUGUCUAUCUUCUGGUUGGAUGCCGCGAGAGCAUGUACACUGCUUCGCUAUCAAGGUCAACCAGAAUUUCUGGCUCACGGCUUCAUGAGGACGCAAGAUGGAAAAGAGCGAAAGAGUAGCACCUGGGAGGCAUCUCGACGCUGAAGUGGUGACGACACGACAUGCCCCGAUAGUACUGUUGCACCGCAAGCGAACCGCCAGUAAUAUGAUCAGUCAUAUCAUCUCCUAUUAUUAGUGCUAUGGGCCCAGUCACCCAGCGUGAUCAAUGCCGCUCACGAUCUGCUUUUUUUCGCCGUCGAUGUCUGUUCUGCAGUCGACACACGCUCCGCCACAUCCUCAGUUGCAAACCAAGAACUAGCUACAAGCGUGGCGCCUACCAACCACGCGGGCAGCCAGAUGCACAGGACACCAACAGGCACGCCCCAACUUCCCCAGAUAUUCCAACCAAAGGCAAGCCUCUGCAGCCAGUCGACCAGCAAAUCAUCCUUGCCUGUAGAGAGGAACCCGUACCCGACUAAAGAGGCCGCAAGACCCAUUGGACUCACAAUUACCAGUAGCAAAUAUUGCAGCAUCGCGACAACGCCAGGCCGACUCCUAUCGACAAAUGCAAGUGGCAUACAAAGGACGCCGAGGAACAUGCUGAGACUGAAAUUUAAUGUAGCCAAGACUGUGAGGAACAGGCCUAACACUAGUAAACUCAGGGACUUGAUCAGGACGUAUUGUUCUUUCGUCGGGGCGGAAAAUGGAGGCAAAGUUGUGUUGUUAGGCAUAUCCGCGAGUGCUGAUGCCAGAAUGACAGGCAGAGCGAGAAGUAGCAGUGUCAGUAGGAGGAACGUCGACGGCAUAGCUC